AUGGAUUUGACUCACACCGACCUGCGAGCUCCGCCUACGGCCAAGGACAAAUUUCCGAGAGUAGUCAUUAUAAUUAUUUUGGCAGAAUUUUGCGAACGCUUUUCAUAUUCUGGAAUGAGAGCGUUCCUUACUCUUUAUUUGCGUAGCAAAUUAGGCUAUUCUGAUGAUGGUGCAACCGAAACGUACCACAUUUUCAGUACUUUAGUCUACCUUUUCCCAAUCAUUGGUGGUAUUCUAGCUGACAACUAUCUGGGCAAAUUCAGGACAAUACUGUAUAUGAUGUUUGUAUAUGCAGCGGGGAACAUUUUGGUUGCUGUCACUGCUAUACCCCAAUUGGCUCUACCUGGCCGAAUAUGUACUUUAAUUGGUCUUUUUAUGAUAACAAUCGGCACUGGAGGUAUAAAACCGUGUGUCACAGCAUUCGGCGGAGAUCAGUUUAAAUUUCCAGAGCAGGAACACUACCUUGCAAUCUAUUUUAGUAUACUGUACUUCAAUAUAGGCACUGGGAGCCUUAUAGCUAAAACUGUGUCACCUAUACUGAGAUCUGAAGUACAUUGCUUUGGAGAUAAGGACUGUUAUUCCUUAGCGUUUGGAGCGCCAGGCCUCAUCAUUCUCGUGUCUAUAGUGAUAUUCGUCAGUGCCAAAAAUAGAUAUGUGAUGAAGAAGCCUGAGGGCAACAUUGUGUUUGAUUUUAUAAAAUGCAUUUCUUUAGGUUUGAAAAAUGUUGCCCUAAGACGGAAUGAGAAUGAAAAAGAUGUACAUUGGUUGGACAGCACCCGAGUUCAUUAUGACCAAAGGUUUAUAAAGGAUAUCAAGAAGACAUUAUCUGUACUCAAGCUUUUCACAGUCACACCCAUCUUCUGGGCGUUACUGGAUCAAAUGGGAUCAAGAUGGACAUUGCAAGCUACAAAACUGGAUGGUAGAUUCGGCUUCCUGACAGUCAAACCUGAUCAGAUGCAAGUGUUGAACCCCAUAUUCGUUCUAAUAUUAAUACCGGUGACCCAGAAGUAUAUUUAUCCAUUCCUGGAAAAAAGGAAUAUACUGAAGAAUCCUCUACACAAGUUGACAUUGGGCGGAAUAUUAGCUGGAGUGGCUUUUAUAGUAUCAGGGCUCGUUGAGAUUUAUAUAAGCACAAAGUAUCCAGAACUGCCUACACCAGGCUACGCUCAGUUGCGGUUUUUCAACGGAAAUCAAUGUCCAAUUUCCCUGCAUAGUUAUAAUCAAAAUAUAACAUAUACUAUUCCGUCUCUGUCACACUUCGUAAAAAAGGACAUUAGAGUGAAAGGAGCAGACAAUAUAAAUUUCGAGAUAGCUGGCAGUUGUAUAAAACCAACAGAAAAGAUGUUAUAUUUAGAAGAGAAUAGUGCUAACUCUUUCUUUUUGAGUGGCAAUCAACUUUAUAGUUUUAAGGACAAUGUGGACAAGAGUAAAUCCGGAUUUCCAAUUAUCAGAUUUUUAAUAUCAGAAGCUGUUAAUACCACGGAUAUGGUAUUUGUAAGAGAUAACAAGAAUAUGUUAGAAGCACAGCUUAGUAAAAAGGUUUCAUCGCAGAUGGAAGUAUUUUCGGGAUUACACUCUUUGAGGAUAGGUGAUGAGGAUAUAAUCGCGCCUAAUAUUGCAAUGGAGAGCGGAGGAGUGUAUGCUUUGCUGAUUGAUAACAAUGGGAAAGACUAUACAUACAAUUUAAUAGUAAUCACUGAAGCUAAUUCCUUCACAAUGGCGUGGCUGCUUCCACAAUUUUUAAUUAUGUCCAUUGCCGAGGUAUUGUUCUGUGUGACGGGCAAUGAGUUCGCAUUCAAAGAAUCACCAGAGAGUAUGAAAGCGGUGAUGAUGGCGGUGUGGUUGCUCACCGAAGCUGUGGGGAACGUCAUUAUCAUUGUCAUCACGAGAUUAUUCGUCAACUACCGUCAGGAAACACAAUUCUUUUUCUACACCGGUCUGAUAUUCGGUGCGAUGGUAGUCUUCUGCUACCUCUCGCAAGGUUACAAGCUUGGACACAGCGCAGAAGAUGACAUACCUAAGAGGGAAUGUAGAAGUAAUAGUGAAGUUUUAUAUCUACAAGUUAAGCAAACCGAAGACUGUUUAGAUCAUUAA